AUGGCGUCAACGAAAACACUUGGUCAGCUUUCAUUGAUAGAACAUAGACGAGAACUCAGAUGCAGAGAGCUGAAGGUAAGCGGCAACAAAGAGGCGCUCAUGGAGCGUCUGAAGCAAAGCAUCAUAGAUGAUGAACAGGAUCCGGACACCUAUUUAUUUGAAAUAGAACCCGAUACGGCGGAGAUUUGGAAAUCGAUGAAAGAGCAAAUAAAGGAAGACCUGAAAUUGGUGAAGGAUGAACUUAAAAAUGAAUUAGGUAAUAAACUUAGCUCUAUAGAAUCCGUUGUGUUUGGAUUGAAAAAGGAUAUGGACGAUUACAAACAACAAUUAAGAGAUGAGGUAACUGAGCUCCGGUCGCGGAUGGUAGAGGAUGUCGAUUCUCAAAUUCAAGUAUUACGAAAUGAAAUGAAGGCGGGGCUAGAGAAAAAACAAUAUGCGGGGGCCACGGUGACUGAAAUGAUGGGGAAGACUAAACCGCCGGUGUUUGACGGCUCUGUUUCUUGGUCAGUGUACCGAUUGCAGUUUGAAGCGGCGGCCAAAGUCAACAGAUGGAACACUAAGGCAGAGAAAGCAACUGUCAGGUUUAGGAUUUAUUUGCGUUUUCAACUAGCUGUAUACUGUUAA